AUGGUUAGCGUGCCUGCAACGUACGGCGCCAUCCUUCUGGGUGGUUUUUUGGCCGCUGCACUUUCAGGGAUCGUUACAGUUCAAUCAUUCAUUUACAUCAAGCUAUACCCCACAGAUCUAGCCUGGAGGAAGGCCAUGGUUGCCGUAAUAUGGAUCUUGGACGGUAUUCAUACCGCACUGGUUUGUGCUUCGAUAUGGAUUUAUCUAAUAAAGAACUUCGGCGAUACCUCGAAGAUAAAUGAUAUACCAGAGACCGUGGCGAUGACGAUAGCACUAACUGCGAAUCUUGACGUUCAUCGUUCACUGCACAUAUCACGUUCCGUUGCAGUGAGCCGUGGCGAUUGGCGUAUCACUGCCCCUCUUUUGGUCUUGGCAUUUUUGCGAUUAUGUUCUGCCUGUGUAACAACGGCCGAAAUGAUUCAUCUCAACACGUUCUCGGAGUUCAAGCGGGAGUUCCGAUGGGUUUUCACACUGGGCCUUGCACUGUCAUCUCUUGUCGACAUUCUCAUCGCGAUAUUCCUUUGUUACUCGCUGCGAACUACCCGCAAAGCUUCGUCGAGCAUGGACUAUGUUAUAAAUUCCGUCAUCUUGUAUACGUUCGAGAAUAAUUCUCUCACCAGCGCCGCAACUGUCGUUUCCAUGAUUUGCUGGCUUGUAAUGCCCAGUAACCUCAUUUUCAUGGGGCUGCAUUUUGUUAUUAGUAAACUGUAUGCGAACUCCCUCUUAGCCACAUUGAACGCUCGGAAGCAACUCCGGCAAGAGCGAGCACAGAGAGGCUUGUCAGGAGAACUUCCUUUGGCAUUCCCGGGAUUGACAGACCGCUUCCGGUCAAACCGGCGUGACUCUUCGCGGAUGGAACCCAUUGGGACCAAGCUGGAAAUCAACGUCGAAAAAACCGUGGAGUAUGAGGUGGAUGCAGACACCUUGAAUCGUCACUCUCCAGCAUUGUCCUCUCCGAACCUAUCCUGCCAUCCAUCUCAAGCGGUCUCACAGAUGGUCUAG